GAGAAGCUGUAUUGCAGCGAAGCUGAAGGCGAGUUUCCUCAGUUGAUUAGGGUUUUGCGCAGAGUUGUGAAGAGGGAAGCCAUGAGCAGGAGCUUGGGAAUACCAGUGAAGCUACUUCACGAAGCGACUGGUCAUGUAGUCACCGUGGAGCUCAAGAGCGGAGAACUCUACAGAGGAAGUAUGAUCGAGUGUGAAGACAACUGGAAUUGCCAACUCGAGAACAUUACCUACACUGCCAAGGAUGGAAAAACAUCCCAACUUGAACAUGUAUUCAUUCGAGGAAGCAAAGUCAGGUUUAUGGUCAUACCAGACAUGCUGAAGAAUGCUCCUAUGUUUAAGCGUUUGGAUGCUAGAAUUAAGGGCAAGGGUGCAUCACUUGGAGUUGGUAGGGGCAGAGCAGUUGCAAUGCGAGCAAAGGCUCAAGCUGCAGGCCGCGGAGCAGCUCCUGGUAGGGGCGUAGUACCGCCUGUACGGAGAUGAUUAGCCUUAUAGUUACCUUUUCCUAUCUGCUUUCCAUCUUCCCUCUGCAUGCUGAAUGUGGAUAGCCAAACCAGAAACUUCCAUUUUCCCUCUGCAUGUUGAACGUUGGUAACCAAGUCAAAGGAGGUGAUAAUUGAGAAAAAAGAAAGCUAAUAUCCUGUGUGCUGUUCCACCAUCAUGUGAGUUCAUGCCUUUUUUAUUAGUCAUCCUCGAAUGCUAUUUGUUAUUGAUGUCUGAUUUUUCGAUGCUAAUAGAAUAUGCUAGUUUACAUUA